CCGGCGGCUCCACCGAACAGCCGCGCCUGCCGCCGCCGCCGGGCCUUCCGCACCCCUUUCCCGUCCCGCCUCCCAGCCCCAGGCGCCUGGGUCCCCUCCCUCCUUUUCCCCCCUCCCUCCCACCCCCUCCGCGCUCUCUCUCCCCGCAGCCAGAGCCCGGGUAGGCAGGAGGGCGGCGGCGGGACAACCAUGAGCUUUGAGGGCGGCCACGGCGGCAGUCGGUGUCGUGGGGCGGAGAGCCGGGACGCCGAGCCGCCCCCGCAACCUCCCCAGCCGCCGCCGCCGCCAGGAGAGCCGGCCCCGGUCCUCGCGGCCCCGCGCUACCUGCCGCCGCUGCCCGCGACCCCCGCGACCCCCGAGCGCGCCGCGGGGCCGAGCGAGCCGCCAGGGGAGGUGGCCCAGCGGCGCAGGGGUGCGGACGAGCUGCCGCCCCCGCCCCUGCCCCUGCAGCCCGCCGGCCAGGAAGUGGCGGCGGCCGGCGACUCCGGGGAAGGUCCGAGGCGCCUCCCGGAGGUGGCGGCAGCGAAAGGCGGCCCCGGGGAGUCUGAGGCCAGCGCGGGCGGCGAGGGCGAGCGGCGGGGCGCCGGAGACCAGCCCGAGACGCGCUCGGUGUGCAGCAGCCGCAGCAGCAGCAGUGGCGGCGGCGACCAGCGCUCUGGGCACCAGCACCAGCACCACCAGCCCAUCUGCAAGAUCUGCUUCCAGGGCGCGGAGCAGGGUGAGCUGUUGAAUCCCUGCCGAUGUGAUGGGUCAGUUCGGUAUACACAUCAGCUGUGCCUGCUAAAGUGGAUCAGUGAGAGAGGUUCCUGGACCUGUGAACUCUGCUGCUAUAGAUACCAUGUUAUAGCCAUUAAAAUGAAACAACCUUGCCAGUGGCAGAGCAUUUCUAUAACACUGGUUGAGAAAGUUCAGAUGAUUGCUGUAAUCCUAGGAUCCCUGUUCUUAAUAGCCAGUGUGACUUGGCUCCUCUGGUCAGCCUUCAGCCCCUAUGCAGUGUGGCAGAGGAAGGACAUCCUUUUUCAGAUCUGCUAUGGAAUGUAUGGUUUUAUGGAUCUAGUGUGCAUAGGUCUCAUCAUUCACGAAGGAGCUGCAGUUUACAGAGUGUUUAAGCGCUGGCGAGCUGUGAAUUUGCACUGGGAUGUGUUAAAUUAUGACAAAGCCACAGACAUCGAAGAAAGCAGCCGGGGAGAGUCUUCCACAAGUAGGACUUUGUGGUUGCCAUUGACAGCUCUGCGGAACAGAAACUUGGUCCACCCAACUCAGUUAACCUCGCCGAGGUUUCAGUGUGGCUACGUGUUAUUGCACCUGUUCAAUCGGAUGAGGCCUCAUGAAGACUUAUCAGAAGAUAACAGCUCGGGGGAGGUCGUGAUGAGAGUGACUUCAGUGUGACAAAAGCAUAAGAUGAUACAGUGUGGACCGCCCUGCACAUUUUGGAAUGUAAUUGCAAUGAAUGGCAAAACCAUAGCACUUCUAAAAACACAUCUAUGAACUUUUUCAGAUUUAUGCUUUUUAUAUGAACAUUUGAAUUGCAAAUACAUUUUUUUCUGAGAAAAAGA